AUGUCUUCAGUCAACUCCAACUGUCGCGUCUCUUCUUUGCGCCCUGUCCCAACCGGGUCACUUUUCAUCAAUUUCUCUUUCCAGUCUGCGGCAACGAAAUCUCCACUCACAACGAAAUCCGCGCGCCACCAGGACGCCCCCGCAUCGAGCGCCGACGCGCCGCUUAUCCCAGCGCGACUCCCGUCUUCUGCGCCCCCAGUGGGGGGUGCGGGGGCGGGCGCGGGUAACGGUGGCGGCAGUCUGGAUGCUAGCGGCGAGGCCCAUGUGCCGGCUAGGGCCGGCAGCCCUGCGCGCAAGGUCGACGAGGCCGAGGAGACCAUGGAGGUCGACGACCAGGCAGGCACCGGCGAGGACGACGACGCCGACGAGGAGGAAGAGGAGGAGGAGGAGAGCGCAGCGUCUUCUGCGAGGAACUCGCCCCUGCGCCCCAGUGGCCAGCCCGUCCAGCAUCCACGGCAGUCCUGUAUGUAG